AUGGCCGCCCCCCGCCCGGCGCACGGCUGCGGCAGCGGAGCGCUGCUGGGGCGCUUCGGGGUGCUGCUGCAGGCGCUGCUGGCUCUCUGCGCCUUCAGCACCCUCAUGCUAAAACGAUUUAAGGAACCAAAGGCCGAGAGGCGUCCCUGGAGGAUAUGGUUUUACGAUACCUCCAAGCAAGCUAUUGGUGCCCUCUUCAUCCACUUUGCCAAUGUUUUUCUGUCUGAUCUCACUGAGGAGGACCCUUGUUCUCUCUACCUUAUCAAUUUCAUCCUGGAUGCCACGCUGGGGAUGCUGCUGAUCUGGCUGGGUGUGAAAGUUGUCUCCUGGAUCGUGCAGCACAAGAAAUACACAUACCUGGUCUUUGGGGAGUAUGGUGAUCCUCCACAAGCUGCUGCAUGGAUUGGCCAGUGUAUCCUCUACUUGCUGAUAAUGGUUUUUGAGAAGACUGUGAUUAGCCUUGUCCUGCUUAUCCCUGGUUGGACAAAGCUUCAGCAGAUCCUCCUGGGUUACAUCCCAAACCCUCAGCUUGAGCUCGUCCUGGUGAUGUUUGUUGUGCCUUUCAUAGUCAAUGCCAUUAUGUUCUGGGUUGUGGACAGCUUGAUCAUGAGGAAAUACAAGCAGAAGGAUACCCUAGACAUCAAUGGAUCCACAGAAACUCCUCGGGCCAGGAGGACUGAGGAAUCUCAGGUACUGCUCUCUCCAGACAUGGAUUUUGAUCAGUCUGAAAGUGACCAGGAUAUUUCAGGACUCCAGGGAACCAGCCAGAAGAUGAAGCAGCCCAGCUACCAAGUGGUCAUCUGA